GGUUCUUUCUAACCUAGGCCAGAGUGACAAGAGCCUAAGAGCAUAUGUUAAUAAGUUGUUUUAAAUCAAUAUCGACUUUUAAUUAAAAAUGAAUUCAAGGACUCAAACAAGAAGAAUUCCCGAAGCGGAACCGCGUAUAGAUUAUGUCCAAUGCGAUGGACUAGUAGUUAUGAAAAUGGUGAAACAUUGUCAUGAAGAAUCUAUGAGUAAUAUGGAUGUUGCUCAAGGUGCUCUUCUUGGUUUAGUCGUUCAAAACCGUCUGGAAAUUACAAACUGUUUUCCUUUCCCUAAAAAUGAUGAAAUCAUGGAUGAGGAAGAAUAUCAACUUGCUAUGAUGCGUCGUCUUAGAUGGGUUAACGUUGAUCAUUUCCAUGUUGGAUGGUAUCAAAGUGCAGAUGUUGGAAAUUUCUUAAAUGUAUCAUUAUUAGAAUCACAAUAUCAUUAUCAAACUUCUAUUGAAGAAUCAGUAGUACUGAUAUAUGAUACAGCUAAAUCAGCUAGAGGUUUUCUUACAUUGAAAGCUUAUAGACUUACCCCACAAGCUAUACAGAUGUACAAGGAAGGUGAAUUCACACCAGAAACAUUACGUACUUUGAAGAUUGGUUAUGAAACUUUAUUUAUUGAGAUUCCAGUUGUAAUAAAAAAUAGUAAUUUAACUAAUAUAAUGAUGUCUGAACUUGAGGAAAUGAUUCCUGAGGAAGAAGGCACCAAAUAUUUGGACCUUGGAACUGCUACAGUAUUAGAGAAUCAGUUACGUUGUUUGAUGGACCGUGUAGAUGAAUUGAAUCAGGAAGCAAUGAAGUUUAAUAGGUAUCAACAGCUAGUGGUUCGUCAACAACAAGAAAAGAACAGACUUCUAACUAAGAGAGCUCAAGAAAAUGCUGCCAGAGCUGCAAAGGAUGAGCCUCCACUACCUGAUGAUGAUAUUAAUAAACUUAUAAGGCCAUUACCAGUUCCAUCUAGGUUGAAUCCAAUGAUUGUAGCUGGACAAAUUAAUACAUACAGUGAACAUAUUUCACAAUUCUGUGCUCAAAGUUUAGCAAAACUAUAUAUCACACAAAGUCUCCAAAAUGCAAAAGAAUUAAAAUCAUCUCAUUAAAAUAAUUUUAUUUCAA